AUGACCGUCGCAUGCGCGGAACAGUCCCUCGUCGACGAUGUCAUCGCACUACGUAGCAAGAUGCACGCCGCGUCGCGUGCCGACACCGAGGGACUAAGUUUUAGCGCCGGCAUCUACGGGGGAGACUUCCGCAAGCUUCCGACCUUCUUUGGCGACGAUGAAAGCUUCGAUGCUAUCGAGCCCUGGGCACUCGAGGUGGUCUUCAUCCGACAGUGUUAUCGGCCCCUCGACACGACGACGACGACGACGACCAGCGAUCUCGCUCUGGCCGUACGUGGAGUCGUCAAAGGUGAGCACAGGGAUCAGCUGGGUGCGUUAGUGCCGUCGGCGGUGGAUGCUGUGACUGCGCCCAAACCAAGGGAAGAUCGGGGGCAGCGGUCACAGCCGCAUGCGUAA